AUGAAAAAGUUCAACAAAGUACUCGAUGCGGCAUUGAUAGCGUUGGUGACGUACUAUCUCGUCAUCUCACCGUACACCAAAGUUGAAGAGUCCUUCAACAUCCAAGCUAUUCACGAUAUUCUCAACCAUGGCGCUUUUUCUACCGAGGCUAUUGAAAAGUACGAUCAUAAGCAAUUUCCAGGAGCGGUGCCAAGGACAUUUAUAGGCAGCUUGUUGCUUGCUGCUUUAGCCAAGCCGGUAAUAUUUGUAUCCUCCAUUUUUGGCAAAGAUUUGUUGCAAGGAGAUCAAUUGCAACUACAGAGCAUUGUUCGCGGGACCUUGGGUCUUGCCAACGCAUUGUCGUUGAUCAGACUUAGAGAUCAACUCAACAAAGUCACUUUUAGAGAUAGAGGGAGUAGGAUUAAAGGACUAAAUGGGUUCUGGUACUCUAUUUUGUUGUUGUCCCAGUUCCACUUGAUGUAUUAUCUGUCACGCACAUUACCCAACUUUAUAGCUUUACCGCUCGUUAAUCUUGCAUUGAGCAAGUUGGUUGUGGGCGAUUUGUCAGGAUUGACAUGGUUAGCUAUGACAGGUGCUAUAUUCAGAGUAGAAGUGGGUGUAUUUGCCGUGGUUAUUGCUGUUGUUUCGUCCUUGAUAUUUGGACAAUCAAAUAUUGUUGCAAAUAUUGUCUUUUUACUUGCCGGUGCUGUGUUUGGUACAGCUGCUUCGUUUUGCAUUGACUCGUACUUUUGGGGCGAACCCCUUGUACCUGAAAUCAGCUCCUUCGUUUUCAAUAUUGUCAAUGGUAAUGCUUCGGAGUGGGGGGUUGAACCGUGGGGAGCAUAUUUCAAUAAAUAUCUAUUCAAGUUGUUCAGACCCCCAGUAAUUCUCAUGUUGUCGGCUGUUGGAUUUUUGAGUGACCCUGCCGAUGACGGAGUUGCCAUGACAAAUACCAAAGCUGUUCGACACCCUGCAAGAAACUCCUUGCGUAUAUUGUUCACAUCGUCCAUCUUGUUUAUUGCCAUCAUGUCCUUCCAGCCGCAUAAGGAAUGGCGGUUCAUCAUUUACACUGUGCCUGUGUUUACCCUACAAGCUGCCAAUGGAUUGAGCAAUAUCUCCAUUAAAUGGAGUCUCGGGUUUUCCAACAAGUUGUUGACUUUGAUCAUUUCCUUCUUGAUUUUAGUUAGUACUUUGCUCUCCUUGUAUCUGGGGUACAUAUCCAGUUUCAACUAUCCUGGCGGAGAAGCGUUGCAAUAUGCCAAUGACUACGUGUUGGAAAACUUUAGUGGGAAAAAUGUGUCCCUUCAUAUUGAUGUUCCUGCUUGUAUGACAGGGGUUACCAGGUUUGGUGAACUACACCUCGAAGAGGUAAGGUAUGACAAGACUGAGAGUGAGGUUAAAUAUGAAGAUUUUGAUUUGGUUAUCACCACCGAACCUCUCAGCGAUUGGAAGCUUCUACACACAGCCAAAAUCUUCAAAAGUUUGGAUCCCACCACCAUCUUCAAGUUGAUACAAACGCAAAGGGCUAAUCGCUCCACUGCAGUUGUCCUAUUGAAGAUUGUGGCUGAAGAGUUCAUGAGCGGAUCAAAUGAAACUUUGUUGAAUUUGUUACGAUCCACCAUUGCUUUAGAGGACUACAUUCACAUUUAUCAAAACCCAACCCAUUCGAAGGAGAAUCGUAUAGAUAGUGUAUCUUGA